CGACAACAACACCCAAUUGAGACAUAAACUAGACAGAUCUGAAUGAGCUGGAAAGGAUUUAAAAAGUCGGUGGUCCGUGCACCACAGACGUUUCGUAGUAAAUUCAACAUUGGAGAACAUACGAAAGACCCAAUUUACGAAGAUGCGGGACGACGAUUCAAAUCACUUGAAACAGAAGCCAAGAAGCUAUCGGAAGACACAACAAAAUACACAGAAGCAAUUCAUGGAUUAUUGAAUCAUCAAGUUGGGUUUGCGGAUGCUUGCAUAGAAAUAUACAAUCCUAUUAGCGGUCGAGCCUCUGACCCAGAGUCGUACCGUCUGGAGGGAAGUGAGGAAGGUGUUCAGGCAGCAGAAGCUUAUAAAGACAUCGUCCACGAGCUGGAGUCCAGUUUAGCGUCUGAAUUGGAGGUUAUUGAAACCCGCAUUGUUCAACCAACGGCGGAAUUGCUCCAUAUUAUCAGGUCAGUCGAAAAGUUUCUCACGAAGCGUGAUCAUAAACAAAUUGAUUACGAUCGUCAUCGUGCUACCCUAAAGAGACUACAAGAAAAAAAGGAUCGCUCGCUUAAGGAUGAAAAGCACCUUUACGAGGCUGAAACCUCCUUUGAUCAAGCAUCCCAGGAGUAUGAAUAUUAUAAUGAUAUGGUCAAAGAAGAGCUUCCACGCCUUUUUGAACUUGAGCAAGAUUUCAUUGCCCCCCUUUUCCAAGGACUCUAUUACAUGCAGCUCAAUAUUUUUUGGAUUCUUUAUCAGAAAAUGAGUAACUUCAACAUUCCCUAUUUCGACAUGAAUUCCGACAUUAUCACAGCAUACGAAGAAAAACGCAGUGAUGUAAGAGACCGUACUGAGGCUCUGACAAUUACUCGAUUCAAGACAGGCAGGCCUGCUCGCAAGCACUCUGGCAGCUACACUGGUCAUUCUUCGCCAUCUUCUUCUUCUUCCUUUUCUAACAAACGUGAAGAUGUCGCUGGUGAUGCUACAAGUGUUUCUGCUUCUUCCCCUACUAGUAGUGCGGCGGCAACCUCAGAAGUUCCCCCUCCUUACACCUCAAUUGGUGCUCAACCGUCCGCCAUGGCUGCUGCUACUGCCCCCGAAAAGCCUGCUAGUUUCACAGCUUCUACCGCAUCGGCUCCUCCUGCUCCACCAAUAAAGCCCAAGUUCAAACCGGCUGUUCCACCUGUAGAGUACGUUACUGCUUUGUAUGAUUAUACAGCACAGGCUGCCGGUGAUUUGUCCUUCCAUGCCGGUGAUCGCAUCGAGGUAGUUUCACGAUCUGACAAUCAAAAUGAAUGGUGGAUUGGUCGUUUGCACAAUUCUGAAGGCCAAUUUCCGGGCAAUUAUGUUCAAUUAGAUGAAAUAUCCUAGAUGAUUUUUCACGAUACAUUCUUUUUGUAUUUAUUUCUUCUGAUUUUUGUCACGUAGUUCUGCUACAUACGAAACUGGGCGAAACAAUAAUGCGCAAUUAGAAUACUUUCCUUUAUGUAUUUUUGUUACAAUCUUUCUUUUGCAUGAUUUGCAUCAUUCGAAUAAAGCACUAAGAAAGAUAUGCUUGUUUCGUAUUUUUUUUUUGCCUAAAUGCUCAUUUGGAAUGGAUAAUGAUUUAUCUUUUAAAAGUGUUUGAAAAUGAUGUACUUGAAUAUGCCCCUAUUUAUGCGCCGUUUGUUUACGAUGUUGUCGAGACAAUACUUACCCUCCGAGAAUUAUAAAUUGCGUCUAUAAAUUUUCUCUAUACGUUCAUUUUCCUAGUUUGCAAGCACAACCACCGUCUUUUGGUCUAAUAGUGAAGUAAUUGGCUGAUGGAAGAAGUUUGCAUGCUUUUUUAGCUGCUUUACUUUCUACAUGAAAAGGACUGUAUAUUGAAUAAUUAACAUACAAUAAAUGGUCUUUAUCUUUUGUUAGGCAACCAACAAACAAAUCGAAUUAGUAUAUAAUUUUUAAGUAUCUAAA